CCUCUUUGUGUGUGUGUGAGGGUUAAAGUGUGUGCGAGUGGGUUAAAGUGUGUGUGUGUGUGUGUGUGUGUGUGUGUGUGUGAGCGGAGGAAGAUGCUGCCGCUGCAGCUGCUGAGGGUGUCGGUCCAUGAGCGGAUCAGCGCCGCUGCUGCAGACUUUCUGCUGCUGCUGGAAAAAGGCAGAGAAGCGGCUGAGAUCCCGGAGCUGAGAGCGCUGCUCACCGAGCGGCUGACGGCGGCCGCGGAGGAGAUUGUCGGCCUGUUGGAGAAAACCGUGGCGGAGUACGAAGACAAAGCUGAGCGGGCAGAGCAAGAGAUGUGCCGCCAGAGGAAGCUGCUCAACAUCCUGCUGAAGCCCCAAGUCAGGCUGCACAGAGCAGUUUUCCCUCCAGACGUCCAGCAGCUGUCCAUCAAGACAGAGGAGAUCAGCCUGGACCAGGAGGAGCCAGAGCCCCCACACAUCAAAGAGGAAGAGGAGGAGCUCUGGACCAAUCAGGAGGCAGAGCAGCUUCAGGAUCACACCACGUUCCCUGUGAAGAGUGAGGAUGAUGAGGAGGAAGCUCAGUCUGAAGCAGAGACUGAAGACAGCGAAGACGACUGGAAGGAGAGCAGAGAAGCUCAGGCGGGUUCAGACUCACAGGAUAAAGUCCUUGUAGGUGAUAACAGAUUUAAUAUCGAGGACAAACCGUUCAGCUGCUCUGUCUGUGGCAAAGCCUUCCAGAAGAAGCCCAACAUGCAGAAACACAUGAGAGUCCACAGCGGGGAGAAAAAAUUCAGCUGCUCGGUUUGUGCCAAAUGUUUUCGGGAUAAAGGAGACCUGAUCAGACACAUGAGGAUCCACACGGGGGAGAGACCGUACAGCUGCUCCGUGUGCGGCAAACGUUUUAACCACAGCUCUCACGUGGUCACACACAUGAGGAUACACACCGGAGAAAAACCGUACGGCUGCGGCGAAUGCGGCGAAAGGUUUGGUCUCCUCUCCACGCUGAAGAGACACAGGAGGAGUCACGCCGGAGAGAAACCCUACGGCUGCAGCGCCUGUGGGAGGAGCUUCUACCGCCGGGAGCACCUGAGAAAACACCUGAGAAGAGCGCAGAAGAGAGGAGAGCACAGAUAAAGUCAGUCACGCACACAAAUGAGGGUUUUCUGACCUCUGCAGUAUUUUUUGUGGGCAUGAAACCAGUGAAACGGUUUAGACAGUGCUUUAUUUCUGUGAGGAUUUCACUGAUCUGAUGUGUCACCUUCUUUUUGAAAACCAGACUGAAGUUUGGAGUUUGGAGUUUAAAGGCUCAGGUCAAGAAAAUAAGGCUUUAUGAAACCUUUUUGAAAUUUGGCUCCUGGCUGGACGCCUCAGUCAUAGCGCACGUGGGCGACAUCUGCUGGUCAAAGUGAAGCUGUGCAGUCAAAUCAAGCUGCACCUUCACAGGAUUUUUUUUUUUUUUUUUUUUUUUAAUAGAAAUGCAAUAUAUAUUUUUGUUUACUUGGAAUAUAAAUAACAGCAGCUGACAGUUUGACUUCACUGCAUCUCUGUUUCUUGUUGAUCUUUGUUCUGCUUAAAUGAGCUACACAAUGUGACUGAUGGGUGAUGGUGUUUGUUGUAAAUGUUAUGAAUGGAGAUCACAAGAUGGUGAAGCAAAGGUUUAUUCCUCCUGACAUAUUUGAUUGUUCUUUUUUUCUCAUGUUGUUUCAUUUCUAUAGUUUUUGCCUUUGCGGAGCAGCAUGAUGGCCUGAUAGAGAAACAGAUAGAAGAUCAAUUGUAAAAAGAUUCAGCUUUAUUCAUCUCAGUGGGGAAAACAAAUAGGAGGCAACAGAAACACAAGAGAAAGUGGCUACAAGGUGGGACCGCUCCCUGCUGUUUGUCUCUGUCCCGGGACAGCUGCUGAGGACGGGACGGCUGUGUUCGUCCCGCCGUUCUGUCCUGUGGGAAGAGAACGGCGGGACGAACCAGACUCCGCUCAAAAAUCUGACAGUUUGACACAUUUUUAAGGCUCUUCUGUUAGACUUUUUUUUCUUAAUCCCAAACCAGAAAGCCUUAAGUGUUAGUUAAAUAAAUCUUGAUUCCAUCUCUCAUAGUGUAUGAAUUUUUUUUUUUUUUUUUUGGGG